UCUAAAACGACCGUAUACGCGCUCUGUCCACAUUGUGCGCAUAGUGCAUUCAUCCCCAGCGUAUGGGAAAAAGUGGGAGGAGCGAAGCGUAGUGUAGGCCGGUUUAUGGAUAAAAAAGGGGCAGAGCGGCAGAAGAAAGGGACCAUCCGAUGACCCGCGUUCAUUCGUGAACACAAUUCACUACACACUGAACAAAAUUGGCACCGUAGCUUGAAUUUCGUGGUCAAUUUGAAAUUAGAACUUGAUGGCAAUAGAUUACCUUUCCACGGGGCAUACAGUUUACGGUGAAUAAUUAAGCGAUAAGCCGCAUAAUCUCAGUUUUCGAGCAAAGUAUGGAUUAAAACGACUGGUCUUUUGCCACCAACAACGAUUUCUGCUAACUUUCAAACGGAUUAAAUCGGUGUUGUGUACACGGUGUGCGUUCGUUUGUGCUUCUUCUAACCGCGGUGCAGUGAGCGUGAUGAUGAGUUGAAAUAAAGUUCCUUACAGGGCAAAUUGUUUGUGUGGUUUGUGUCGUGCUAAGAGAGCGCAAGUUGUGUUGUGGUGUGAAAUAUGGUUUGAAUUGUAAGGCGUGCAAGCAAAACAAAAAAAAAAUAAGCAGUUUAAAGUUUCGAAAAGUUAACCGCCAAUAUGAUAGACAUAAGUAUGUACGGAAAUCAUUCAUCGCACACCAGUGGUUUUCAGAACAGUGAUCUUGGGGCUGGAGGGUACCCUUACUUUACAGCGGGUCACCAUCAUCAUCACCAUUAUCAUCAACACCAAAGGCAACCCAAUGUCCAACCGCAUCAGCACACCAACGCUGCUAAUGUGGGCAAUACGACACCUGUGAACAAUGCCACCAGUAACACCGCAGUGACCUCCAACAGCAGCACCAGCAACAGUUCUAAUCCGCCCACGGCCAAUGUCCAUCAGACUUCCACCUAUGCUCACACAUCUCACCUAUACAGUCCGUCCGCGAUCGAAUACGGCAUCACUACCUCUAGCUCUCCGACGACCGAUUUAUACUUUGAAGGCGAUAGUCAGGGCGCUAUUUAUUACGGCCCGGGACAACCGACCCCGACGGCACCGUUUCCGGAAAAUCGUAUCAUUAGCGCGGAUAAUGGUUUAAGCUACACUAACCUAGAUUAUGCGAUGUAUCACCAAACGCAGGAUUGCGCCGAUCCUAAUUAUUUGGCGCAUCAUCACGAUUCCAAAUUGCAUCUCCAUCGCUAUGGAGCCUUUGCUGGAGCUAUAGCGGACGAUGCUGCUACGGUUGCCGGUGAUCACAAUCACCAUAACCAUCUUCACCAACAUCCGCAUAUGUCGCAUCCGCACAACCCCACCUCGCCUAGUGGUGUGAACGGUGGUGGUGGUGGUGGUGGUGGUACCGGUUGGGGGCAAUUAUACGCCGACACGAUUGCCCAGCCGCAUCAACAUCUCCAACAGUCCCACAGCCAGCACUCGGUAGCACAGUGCAGCCCGAAUGUUGCUACAUCCGCAACAAUGAUUGACUCGCCGCAGGUACUGCUAAACGCGAGUACAUCCGACGAUGGUGACAGUAAUGGUGCUGUAGGUAACAAUUUUUCCCACCAUCACCACCACCAGCAGCAGCAGCAGCACCAUCAUCAUCAUCACCCUCAUCCUCAUCAUCAUCACCAUCAUCAUGCUGCAGCAAUGCAGCAGAAUAUGCAUACUCAACAGCAGCAACAGCAUCCGGCGAAUCAGCAAUCGCAACAGCAUCAGCAGCUGCAACAGCAACAACACGCUCACCAGCAACAAAACCAACAGAACGCACCCACUUACAAGUGGAUGCAAGUUAAACGAAACGUGCCAAAGCCUCCAAUGACCAAGCCUGUACAAUUAGCAACUUCACCGGAAUAUCAUAUUCCUGCCCAUGUGCUCGAUCCACUACGAGUUCCUAACCAUACGACUGUUGCUCCCAGUACUGUUUCACCGCAUCAGACUAGUUUUUUGAUGAACAAUAACAGUACAGGCCGCACGAAUUUCACCAACAAGCAGUUAACGGAGCUGGAAAAGGAAUUUCACUUCAACAAAUAUCUGACGCGGGCAAGACGAAUAGAAAUUGCAAAUGCUUUACAUCUGAACGAAACACAAGUGAAAAUCUGGUUCCAGAACCGACGGAUGAAGCAAAAGAAGCGCGUAAAGGAAGGUCUGGUGCCGCCGGAAGUACAGAGCCAAUCUCCUAAACACUCCUCUUCCAUGAUUAACACCAACGAUUCCUCAUCGGCCAGCUCGACGACAGCAUCGACUACGGCGGUGGCAACUGCUUCCGGUACCUCCAACACUUCAACCUUAAAUGAAAGCAAUGAAAACAGUCGUGAAUCCACUACUAUUGCGUCGUACUACGGCUCGAAAAUGGUGCAUUUCUGCAAACUGUGCCAGCUGCUGCACAAAAACAUGGACUUUAUCCAGUGUGAUGAUUCCAAUGUUUGGCUGCUAGAAACAGUGUUUUCGGUUAAGAUAACGCCGCUCGAUGGACGAGUCGAACCAAUCUGCCGGAAAUGCAUUCGCAAGUACAACAAAGUUAUGAAGGAUCUCAAAAAAUCCAACGGAGGUUUCCCGGUUUCGCGUCAAACGUUCAUCGAACAUAACAAACUUCACAAUGGAGAUGCGGAGUCACUGUUUCAGUUCUCCAAUACCGAUCAGCCGGCAUCGCUCUCGAGCUCACAAAGUCGAUCGUUAGAACAACAUCCAUACCUGAUGGAUGAUGAAAGUAAGGAACUUAUGUUUACGGGACAGGUGUCGGAUAAAACGAACGGAAGCCAAAAUGGCAUGACACUGAACCUUAGCGGCGAGGCAGCAACGGUCUAUCGUAUAACAAUGGGCGAUACACAGGAAUCCUCUGAUGAGGACAGUUCCGAUGGGAAAAGCAGCAUAGCCGAUGAGGACGAGAGCUCCGAAGAUUCUAGCGAGGACGACGAAGACGAUGACGAUGACUGUUGCAGCGAUGACACGGAUGAUUCUAGCUCUAGCUGCAGCAGUACGAGCAGUACCGGCGAAAGUUCGUCCGAAACGGGGGCCAGUCUGCGGCUGGAAGAUCACAUCGACCGAGGUUCGGAGGAGUCUGCCGUUUUGUACAGCGCAUACAUGGACGCACCCAUGAUGCAAAAUCUUCCCGAAGGCAGUCUGUUGCAGGGGGUUGGGGAUGAUGACGUUGUUGCCGAAGGGGUUCGAAUCUUUCCAGACAAAUCACUGAUGAACGAUGUGUUGGAACCGCUGCAGCUGGACGAACCGUUGGCGAAAAUCGAAGAGAGUGCCGAAUUAACAAAACAGUUACAGUGUGAGGAACAUCACAAGCAACAGCUGCAAGAGCACGAUCCACAGGCACAAGAUCAGCAGCAGCAGCAGCAGCAGCAGCAGCAGCAGCAGCAGCAGCAACAGCAGCAGCAGCAGCAACAGCAGCAGCAAGACCAAGCACUACAGCAAGACGAACAACAGCAGCAACAAACACACGAUGGAUCAGGCGAAAGUGAAGAAGCUCCGAAAAAGUCACGAAAGCGCAAGAAACGAAACAAUGGCUCGACGGUGCAAACGAAAAACUACGUGUGCCUCGUAUGCCAAAAACGAUUCUCGAAGGCAAUCUAUCUGAAGGUGCACACACGUACGCAUACGGGAGAAAAACCGUACGCGUGCGACAUUUGCUUCAAGAGCUUCACGCAGGCGUCUAGCUUGAACACGCAUAAACGGCUGCAUUUCAACGUAAAACCGUUUGUGUGUGAAAUUUGCAACCAGCAAUAUACAAGUGCCGGAAACUAUAAAGUACAUCUGCGCACGCACACGCAGGAAAAACCGUACGCUUGCAGUUACUGUGACAAACGGUUUAGCCAACAUUCGAGCAAGAAGAUGCACGAACGUGUACACAGUCAGGAAAAGCCGUACCCUUGCCAGGUGUGUUUGAAAGCGUUCAGUAACGUGAGUAACCUCACGGUGCAUAUGCGCAUCCAUCAGGGUUUGAAGCCGUACAAGUGCGACAAAUGCGAUAAAAGUUUCGCCCAGUCGCAAACGCUCAAGACGCACUACAUCUCAGCCCACACGGACGUACGGCCAUUUCAGUGUGAUCGUUGCCCGAAGUCGUACGCAACGCUGUCGAAUUUAAACAAUCACAAACAUACGCACCUGGAGGAGAAACCGUUCGGUUGCGAGGAGUGCGGGAAGCGAUUUACGCAGAAGUCUUCGCUUAAAACUCACGCCCUUUCGCACAACACCGAACGGCCCUUCCCUUGCGAGGAGUGCACGAAGUCGUUCAACACGCAGGCCAUGUUGAAUACGCACCGGAGAAAUAUGCACUGCACCGAGCGACCGUACGCAUGCACCAAGUGCAAUAAAUCGUACGCACAGGAAACGAGACUCCGGCAGCACAUGUUAAGCCACGCAGACGUGAAGCCUCAUCCGUGUCAGGAAUGCAGCAAAACGUUCACCACUGCUACCAAUCUGCGCAUACACCAGCGUGUCCAUUCUGGUGAAAAGCCAUACCCAUGUCCAACAUGUGGUAAAUGUUUCUCGCAACGGUCAUCGUUGCGAACACAUGAAAUACUGCAUCUGCCACCGGAAUUGCGACCGGAUCCACCGGUAGCAGUCGACGUGGGACGUGGGCGAAAAAGGCGCAAGAAAAAGUUCGAAUGCAGUCAGUGCGGGAAAGGUUUCACGAUACGCGGCCGCUAUCACAAUCACAUGAAACAGGUACACCAAAGAGAUGUGCACGAUGAGGAGGACAUCGAUGGUAAGUUUAUGAGUGUGGAUGCGUCCGACGAUAGUGACCGAGGCGGUAAAGCCGUUACGUUUGAGGAGCAUAGUGUAGCAGCAACUGGACGUAAGCAACAUAAUUUAACAUCAGCCAACACCAGUAUUUGCAAUAAUCGUUCAGGCAGGGAUCCGGGCCAGCAACGGUCUGGCGAUGAGGAUGAGGAAGAGGAGGAAGAGGACGAGGAUGGAACUCACGAAGAUGAUGAAGAUUACGAUGAUGACGAAGAGAUGGAUGAUGAGCAUCGUGAUAAUGACGAUGAAGACGAAGAAAAUGAUAAUGAGGACGACAUGGAAGAGGACGAGGAGGAGGAGGAGGAGGAGCAGGAAGAAGAGGAUGACGAGCAGGAGCAUUUGAACAAUGCCGGCGUUCCGUUGCAGGAACAGCAGUUCCAUUAUGGGCAAAUACUUUCCGAGCAAAACUAGUACGGCCAAUUGCCUAUUCCCAGUAUCGCUAGUGUGGCGAUCAGUUCGUCCAGCUGAUGAUAUGCACUGAUCGGCUUGUCGAAUAGUUAGUGUGCUUUAUGUUAGCCGAACAGGGACCCUGAUCUCCUUAGUAAUCCAAAAAAAAACAAGCUGUUCAAUCAUUCAAGUAACGUAACACAAGAUCAAAUACUCGUAAAGUGUAACCUUAGCUUAACUUCCGUGGCUGGCAGCAACAAAAGGAAGCCGAUGCAAUAUGGUCUGAUCAUCAUUGUUAGAUCGUGAUGUGCAAUUUCUUUUAUCUUCCGUUCCCUGAUUUCCUUGGCCAAGCUUCGAAAAAGUGGCGUAUAUAUGUGUUACGGGGCGUGUGCUACGUUUCGAAACAGCACAAUCCCGGGAACGACGCUCGUGCGUUUGUAUUUAUUAUGAACAGUUUUAUUUUAUAUGAGAUGAUAUUCUAGAAACAUAUACCCCAACUAAACAACGA